CUGUUGUUUUCAGUAUUUCGCUCACUUUAUAGUAGACUCAUCACAUUGAGUGACUGCUCUAGGCUGCCUCGGGUCGCACCACGAUCGAGCAUCUCGGCGGCUGGGCUCACAUCCUCAGUCGGCAUGAGAGGAAGGACACGGCGGCUGCGGAGAACCGACUGCGCCGUGACAAUUACAAUUCGCACCAGAUUUCUACCGACGUAGUCAACAGCACCGUUUUUUUCUUUCAGUUAACAAGGGUCAGACAACGUCGCUGGAAAGAGAGUCUACAAGACGUCAGACUAUCUAGUGAGCUGCCUACAGACAGAUUUGUUUUGGGCAUCAUACCGCGUUCGCGGGUGCUCUGGGCAGCAUUCAUUCACAGUCGCUGUCCACACACACAUGUACAGUAUGUGUGAACGUGCGGAGAAGUUGAAGAUGCCACUCUAAAUCAUCCGUACACUUGGAUCGACGUGAUAUGAAGCUGGUCACGAUUGCUGAAGAGACAGAUAUCACACGCGAGUCCCGCGGAUAUAAAGGAAUAAGGAGAUUUAAUUCUACCAAACUACCUGCAAGUGCUGGACUACUCACACAGAUAACAAGCCAUUUUCUAUGGAUCCAUUGAUCGUCGUCUUCUCAAACCACACAGCUCGUUCCUACAAGCUCAUCUGAGUCCUGCAAGCAGAUGCUGUCCAGAUUCUGCAGAUGCUGUCCUUCUGCGCAAAAACCUAAAAUUCCCCUGAGAUGACACGAAGAGAGAGACUGAGCUUCAGCGAGGAUCACAGGGUGAGAGGAAGGUUGCAGACAUUGUGGAAAGAGCAUGGAAGCAAGUGGGAGAUCACACCAGUAGUAUUUCCAUCAUGAGACUGGUGUUAAAGUACCUGGACAAGAUGAGGUGUUUCCGGAAACGUUCCACCAUUCCUUUUCUGGUGGCUCUGAUUACUUUCCUGCUCUUCAUAAACCUCUACAUGGAGGAUGGCUACGUGCUGGAGGAAGAUAAACGUCAGUUGCGGGAAACCUCAAUGCAUCCGCUGAACUCGGAGCGAUAUGUUCAUACCUUUAAAGAAAUCACAAAUUUUUCUGGAACAAUCAAUGUGACUUAUCGGUACCUUGCUGGAACACCUUUACCUCGAAAGAAGUAUCUCACUAUUGGAUUGUCAUCUGUGAAAAGAAAACGAGGAAACUACCUGUUGGAGACCAUCAAGUCCAUUUUUGACCAAUCAAGCUACGAGGAGCUCAAGGAGAUUGUUGUGGUUGUCCACUUGGCAGACUUCGACCUGGCGUGGUGCGAGAGCCUAGUUCAGGAAAUCUCAAGGAAAUUCGGCCACCACAUCAUUGCAGGACGGCUGCUGGUCAUCCAUGCACCUGAGGAGUACUACCCGUCCCUGGAUGGGUUGAAGAGAAAUUAUAACGAUCCGGAGGAUAGAGUACGCUUCCGCUCCAAACAGAAUGUAGAUUACGCGUUUCUGCUCAACUUCUGCACCAACCUGUCAGACUUCUACAUGAUGUUGGAGGAUGAUGUGCGCUGCUCCCGAAACUUCCUUACUGCUUUGAAGAAAGUAGUGUCAUCUAGGGAGGGAUCAUAUUGGGUGAUGCUGGAAUUCUCCAAACUGGGAUACAUAGGGAAGCUGUACCACUCACGAGACCUUCCCAGACUUGCACAUUUCCUGCUCAUGUUCUAUCAGGAGAUGCCUUGCGAUUGGCUUCUUAUCCAUUUCCGAGGCCUACUGGCCCAGAAAGAUGCGAUUCGCUUCAAGCCAUCCCUUUUCCAACACAUGGGCUACUAUUCCUCGUAUAAGGGUGCAGAAAACAAACUUAAGGAUGAUGACUUUGAGGAAGACUCCCUUGAUAUCCCAGACAAUCCACCUGCCAGUUUAUACACAAACAUAAAUGUGUUUGAGAGCUAUGAUGCUGCCAAAGCUUACAGUAGCGUGGACGAGUACUUUUGGGGCAAGGCCCCGUCCACUGGGGACUUUUAUGUUAUAGUGUUCAACAAGGCAACAAAAAUCAGCAAAAUCAAGAUCAUCACAGGAACAGAUGAUCGCCAGAAUGACAUUUUGCAUCAUGGAGCUCUGGAAGUGGGAGAGAAAUUGAUAGGAACCAAAAAAGGAAGGCAGUGCUCCUCCUAUAUAACUUUAGGGGAAUUUAAAAAUGGAAACAUUGAGGUUUAUGAUGUGGACCACAAGAUAGGAUUUGAUAUUGAGUGUGUUCGCAUUGUGGUGACGGCAAGUCAGAAAGAAUGGCUUAUCAUUAGAAGCAUAAGCCUCUGGACUACACAAAGUGCCGGUCAAUGAGAACUUUUUUGAACCGUAGCUCAAGGCACAAGUAUCUGUUUAUUUAUCUAUUUAUUGAUUUAUUUAUUUAUUUAUGCAAUUAUUUAUUUACUCUCACAUGAUAAAUCUUUAUUUAUUCAUAAAGGAAAGUUUAAAAGCAGUAUAAGAUUUCACACAUCAAAGGGAGGUGUAGGCUUCUCCCUUUUACCAUUAUUACUCCGAAAUGUGUUCUCCUCAUCAAAAACCUUCGUCUCAGUUGUUUUUGCCUUACUUUCCAGUGAAGAUUCCUAGACAUCUUUAAAAUCAGGUUUGUUUAUUUGAGAAACAAAAUGAAUAUAUUUUUUAAUUAAAACUUUUUCUUACUUGAGUCAUGCAUCUAUUAAAGGGAUACUGCACUGUUUUUUUCAUAUUAAACUAUGUUAUUCCCUUAACUAAGACGAGUUG